AUGGGGAAUAUCUUCCUGGCAAGAAGGGCAAGUACAAAUGAAUAUUGAAAAUGUCAGGUUUUAUUAUUGUAGAGGAAUGUGUGGUCAAGUGGUCAACACCUCGAACUCCAGAUCUGGAGGUCUGGGGUUCAAGCCUCGCCUGUGGGGAGUAGCAAUACUCCUAGGCAUGCUUCAUUCUAAGGAAAUCAGGAUAAGCCCCAGCCAUUUGGGCCAUUGGCUUGUGUGCAACUUUCCCUUUUUUACCAAGUUUUAUUGAAUAAGUCUGGUUUUUGGCAAAAUACCAUAUUAACAGCUUGUGGUUCUCUUCAAUAAUGUUCAACUAGGUAUAUCUUUGAAUGUGGAACAGUGGGAAAAGCUGAAAGACCUUAUAAAUGACAUUGAUGAAGCCAUUUCAGAACGUGGAUAACUCUGGAUUAGGUGAGUGCACGAUGUUCAGGGUGCAAAGAAAGUAAUAGUUUUACAGCUUGCCCUCCAGCUUGACCUUUCUUACCUGUAUGAUGCGGUUUAUUCUGUCCUUUUCCUUUGCUUUUCAUCUCGAUUUUUUCCCCUUUGUCUAGUACUGUUGGCCCUUUCCUCCAGGCUUUUUGGGGUUCUGCCAGACACCUAUGUCUACUUUAAAUCUUGUUCUUAUCACAGAGUACUGUAAAUAAUUAUAUUAUACAUUAAAAUGUACUAGGGCUAAACUUUUGUAACUUAGGCCACUUCCAAUAUUCUUCCGCAUAUGUUUCUUGCACUUACAUCCGAUCCCAGAAAACAUCUCUGCACACCCAUAUUAAUACCAGGAUCAGAGGCUAGUCAUGAUUUUUUUUAACAUGAUCUUGUUUUAAUACUUCUAUCUUUUAGGACUUGUUGGCACAACAUAGAGACUUAUGGAUGGUAGUUUAUAUUGCUUUUAAAUAAUGUAUUUAUUUGGUUUUGAUAAUGUCAUGGCUGGUAGAUUGCAACUUGUGGGAAUGAGUUCCCUGUUGUGUUUUCUGUAGUUUUUGGUCAAAUUAAAAAGUAAAAAUUUUGUUAUUCUUUCUUAUUUGUAACACAAGAUAUAUAGAAAGCAGAGAAAGUAACUUAAAUCUAUGACUUGGAUGAUGGUUUUGUUGCCAAAAACAAAUAAAAGUACAGUUAGUUUUAUGAUUUCCUAUUGUGUUAUGCCUUUUUCAUGUUCAAAACUAGUGCGUAAAAGUGUGAAAUUGCUUCAAUACCAGAAAAAAGUCUGUCAUGUGGUUUUGAGAAAAAAAAAAGAUAGACCUGCACGCUUGCCCGCUUGUUAGAUAAGUUCUACACAUAAGUUCACUAAAAAAACAUAUUUUGAAUAAUCUGAACUGAGUGCUCAUGCAUAACUUAUUGUCUUCUAAGGUUAUGUGUGUAACCUAAAGGUCAUAAGGAGGGGUUUGUGUCGAAAGAAAUGAAAAAAACUCAGGGAAACAAAAUGCCUACAGCAGGCAUACAUUGGCCUGUGUGUUGCCGUGGUUUAAUAGUUUCUUGAUAAAAUACAGAAACUUUUGUCAGUAAGGAAAGUUUAGGUGUCUGUACAAAUAGAAGCAAAAAAUCUAGACUUCCAAACCACCAAUGAAUUCUUUCACAGUCUGAUCAGUCCUCUUUUGCAUAAGAUUCCUCUUCCCUAUAGCCUUCUUAAUUUCAUACAGACAACACCAGCAAAAAGAACGUCUGCGUGAGAAGCUAUUUUCCCCAUUUUUAUAAUGAGAUAAAGUACGAGGGGGGUGAAUGGGGGUAUGCAAAUCCACCAAUCCGUUAUGAUUUAUCAACCAAACCUGUCCUUAAAAUUUCGCCCUGAAUCCGAAAUCCAGGCAAAAAUAUUUUAAUUACACGCAAAGUCCAAAAUCCGGGCCCAAAAAAUGGAUGAAUCCACAAUCGACUGCAUGGCUGUCACUGCUAGGGUAAUAUGGCUGUGCUCAUGCACAAGGUACUGGUAAUACUGCAGAGUUUGUUAGUUUGUGCCUCCUUGCUGUUUAGCUUCUGCAGGCAUGGAUCCAUACUGGUUUCCACCUUUUUAUGGAAAGUGGUCAGAUUUUACACAAUAAAUAUCUGUCUGAUUUCAUUAAAACGUAGCCACUAGGUUUUCGCCUGGCGCCGCGCCCAGCCCGGCUCCAGGCCUGUCCGGUGUCCAAAAGAGUAGGGGGCUUGGCAUCUUGGUUGGUACAGCUGGAUAGCCCAGGGACUGCCCUAACAGUGGGUGGGUGGAUCAGGCCUGGGGGUCAAAACUAGUGGGGUAGGGAGGGGGCUGUUUUGACACAACCCCUUCAGUAAGCAGCAGUGUUCAGUACAGGCUUUGACUAGCAGCUACCUUGGUCUUAAUUUGCCCCAGCCAGCUGAAUCAGCCCUCUGCUGAGAAUGAUUAUCAUGAUAAUUGUAGAGCUCAGUGGGAUAUGCAGACAGUCACCCAUUGUCCUGGGUGGGGAGGGUCAAAGUCUUGGUACCAAGGACACACUUAGCAUAGGACCUUUAGACACUCCCUGAAGCCAUGUUUUCAUAAAUCCAGACAGAAAUAUUUUUCGUGAAAAACUCUAAACUUUCAAAGUUGAUAUCUGGAAAAUGGUUAGGGCAGUCAGUAAAUUUCCUGUCUGAAUGACUCGGAAACCCAGGAAAGGGGACUUUGGGGAGUUAAAAGCCAAAACAUUUCCCAGGGGAUCAUGCCCCCAAACCUCCCUAGAAGAUGGAAAUCGGUCAGUACGUAUUUAUUCUAGAUCCGCGCCUGCUCUGCAGGCUUCAAGAUUGACUGGCUAUACUAAAAUGUGACUUGACUCAUGUCAGGAGUAAACUUCCUCACAGCCAUUUGUGUCUCAUCAUGCUGAAAUCACCCACGGUUUCUGUCAGGGCCCUAUAGCUGGGGGAUGGAACAGGCAACAAGCAACACCUCCUUGGCCAUCCAUCCACCAUUUUUCCUUUUCCCGACCAAGGAAACAAACAUUUACGGUAUUUGUAUUCCCAGUAAGGAUACACAAACAAAACAGCCAAUUUGUUCAAGACGAAGCAGCAGAUUUUUGGAAGAAUCCAGCAACCUUGUCCCCGGGGGUCUGGGGCUUCUCGGGUUUUUCAACUACCCAUGUCUGAAAAGGCCCUGGGGACGAGGUUGAGUUAACGGUUGGAACUCCUGUUUGAAGAAAUGGCGGCUUUCAUAGAAUUUAAAGUGCCUCAAAAUAACCCUAUAAUACCAAAAGAGCAGGAAAAGAAGAAACUAGCGCAGAAAACUCGCUCCAGAGGUCAUCUGGAACGACGAUCUUCUGCUACUUUGCCAUUUACUGCUUGGGUAGAACCACACCAUGGCCCGUCGACACACAGCGCUCGCGAAGAAGAACUUCGGUUGAAAAAGGUGAUAAAAGAAAAGCAAGAAAGGCUUAGGGGAUUUCAACAAGAGGUUAAAGCGAGAGUUAGAAACCUGGAACAAAUGAAACGGGAAGAGCAACAUGGAAUGUCUGUGGAGGCUUUUGAAGUUGAGAGAAAUGUUGUGCAGCAAAGUUCGUUGCCAAGCACUGUCAGACGGGACAACUGUGUGUAUCGAGAUGAUUCUGAUCUAAAAAUUCAGCGCAGUGUUACUCAAGAUCUUACUGCUGUUGAUGCUGCGAGUCAGCUAUUGCAGGAACACGCUCAAAAGAUCCGGAAUUGUUCGAAGCAUGCACGUAAUGUACUCAGCUCGAAGAGUCUUGGAACAGAGUUGGAUAAUUUGAGCAGGCUACUCCCUGGAGGUCUGUGGAAGACUUCGCCGACCCGAGAUCAUGGUUCGUCUCGGCAGGGAACUGAACGUUCAGGUCAGCAAGAACACGAUUCGGAAGAUUUAGACAGACCUAUGGGAAGGGAAAUAGGCGAUUACUGGAUCGGUGAAAAUGCAAUUAAAGAUCAUGAAUAUUAUAAUCAUAAUCAAUGCAGUUAUUUUGGAUCUAGAUUGCCAGAGCAUCAAGUGAAACAUGUUCACUUUCAAGAUGUCCAAGAUGAAGAGAAUUCAGAAAUUGAAAACAAUGACCUAAAUGUCCAGCAGAAAAAAUCCGAUACUCAAACAAACAGAAAGUCUAAAACCCUCGAAGCUCUUUUACAACCUUCCAAGCUGAUGGAGGAUAAGAAAGCACGUGCAAAAAGUCAAGUUGCUGUUUACAGGCGUUUGUUUAUGGACAUUGAACGGGAACAAGUGAGAGAGAACAUAAGAAUGAAGGAACAUCGUAAGAGAAUGGAGGCUCUGAAAGUUGAAAAGGAAGUUGAACGACUUGAAAUAGAACAACAUCAAAUUGACAAACUGAAGAUGAGAAGGAUGAGGAAAGAGGAAGAAUCUUUCCUAAGAGCUCAAGAACAAAAGAAAAUUGAAGCAAACUUAGCUAAAAAGCAUAAGAAACUUCAAAAAGAGAGGGAAACAGAGAGAUACAUAGAAGCUUUGCAAGCAAUUUUGAAGGAGAAGAUACAGAGCAGAAAUAUCGUUCUUCCUCCCUUGUGCUCAUGUGGACCCACAAUCUGGGAUGCGAAUCCUGACACAUGUGCAAACAACUGUGUUUUCUAUAAGAACCCUAAAGCUUAUGCUAAGGCACUAUCGACCAUAAUUGCAUCUUCAAAUCUUGAUUGA